CCCCAAGGUCUUUUCUUGAAUUGAUCUGGGUGCAGCAGCGAAAUGAAACAGCUUUUUAUUUUGCCGAGAAGACCCCCACCCCCCUUUCUCUCCCUGCAGCCUGCAGCAUAAAACAUGCAGAGAGAGAGAGAGAGAGAGAGAGACAUGAGUGUGAGAUUGCGGCAACCGGAAGAGGGUCGCCAUCCAUGCGGUCCGCCUGACGACGCCGGUGACGACUAACGGCUUGAUGUCAGCAACGCCCGCCGGCGGCUUUAAAUGCGGGCGCAGCUCCUCCUCAGUGCGCCCACGGACUUGGGAGCGGAGCGGACACCUCCUCCUCCUCCUCAUCCUCCCCUUCCCCUUCCUUUCGUGUCCGUCUAUGUUUUUAGAAUCUCUCGCUGUCUCUUUGGAAACCUGCUUGGAGCGUCUCACUUGGGUUUGAGUCGCAGUCGGAAGCCGAUGACCGGGCUGAGAUGCUGAGGAGCUCCUCCGGACUUUCCACGGCGCACCCGAGCUGAGGAGGAGCCGCCGGUGCGUGAUGGAUGGAUGCCCCCAUGUCGAGCUUUACUAGGCGCUCCUAUGAAGAUUGACGAGGCGGGAGGAUUCUAGUUUGAAAAGACGAACGUCUUUGCAGAGGAAAUCAUGCACAGAGUGUGGAUUCUCCUCGUUCUCAUAGAAGAGGGCCUCGCUCUAGCACAGAGAACUAAAGACUCCCUUAGCGACAAUGGCGUCCAGAGCCCGAACCAUAACGAUUGCGGCACGUGGGUGCGCAACAUCAAUGGCGGCGUGUUCACGUCGCCAAAGUACCCUGACACGUACCCGCCCAACAAGGAGUGCGUCUACAUCCUGGAAGCUCUGCCCAGGCAGAGGAUCCAGCUUGUGUUUGACAAGAAUUACUACAUCGAGCCGUCUUUCGAGUGCCGCUUCGACCACAUCGAGAUCCGCGACGGGCCCUUCGGCUUCUCGCCGCUAAUCGACCGGGUGUGUGGAGGCAAGACCCCGGCACUAGUCACCUCCACCGGACGCUUCAUGUGGAUCAAGUUCACCAGCGAUGAGGAGCUGGAGGGCCUCGGAUUCCGCAUCAAGUACACGUUUGUUGCAGACCCUGACUUCCAUCUGCAUGUGGGCGGAUUAUUAAACCCAAUCCCGGACUGUCAGUUUGAGGUGGGCGGCUUUGAUGGGAUCAUUCGCUCCAGUCAGGUGGACGAAGCCAAGCGGGUGAAGCCCGGAGACGCCCUGGACUGCAUCUGGACCAUCAGGGCCCCCCCUCAGUCCAAGAUCUACUUGCGCUUUAUGGAGUACCAGAUGGAGCACUCCAACGAGUGCAAGAAGAACUUUGUGGCCAUCUACGAUGGAAGCAGCGCCAUCGAGAACCUGAAGGCCAAGUUCUGCAGCACGGUGGCCAAUGACGUCAUGCUGGAGAACGGUGUGGGCGUCGUGCGCAUGUGGGCCGACGAGAAGAGCCGACUCAGCCGCUUUCGCAUGCUCUUCACCUCCUUUGUGGACCCCCCUUGCUCAGCCAACACCUUCUUUUGCCAUAGCAACAUGUGCAUCAACAACUCGCUGGUGUGUAAUGGUGUCCAGAACUGCGUCUACCCUUGGGAUGAAAAUCACUGCAAAGAGAAGAGAUCCAGGGGUCUCUUUCACCAGAUCACCAAGACCCACGGCACGGUCAUUGGUGUCUCGUCUGGGAUUGUUCUGGUUCUUCUCAUCAUUUCCAUCCUGGUCCAGAUGAAGCAGCCCCGGAAAAAGGUGGUCGCCCGUCGCCCAGGUGUCUUCAACAAAGCGGGUCUCCAAGAGGUCUUCGACCCGCCACACUAUGAGCUCUUCUCACUGCGUGAGAAGGAGAUGUCGUCGGACCUGGCCGACCUGUCCGAGGAGUUAGACAGCUUUCACAAGGUGCGGCGCUCGUCCACCAUGUCACGUUGCGUACACGAGCACCACUGUGGCUCGCAGGGGUCUGUGGGGACGGGCGGCGGAGGCAGCAUUAAGCACAGCCGCACCACGCUGAGCUCCAUGGAGCUGUCCUACCACAACGACUUCUCUAAGCCGCCUCCCAUGAAGACAUUCAACUCCACUGGCACUUUCAAGAAGAGCUGCUACGGCUACAAGCAGCAUGCCCAGACUCAUGACUGCGACCAGCAGGUCAUCGAGGACCGUGUCACUGAGGAGAUACCCUGUGAGAUCUACAGCCGAGGCGGCGGGGCCACGGGUGGCGUGGGCAUAGGAGGGGCGGUGGGCAUCACGGGGGGAGUGGCCAUGGCCGGGGGCAUGGGUAUGACGGGGGGAGUGGCCAUGGCUGGGCCCAGUGGCAUCGCCGGUGGAAUUGGCGGUGGGAUGGGGGGAGCCUGCGGCACCCUCACCAUCCGUGGCAACAGCGCCCGGAACAGUGCUUCAGUGGUGGACCCCCAACAGCGCUCCAUGUCCAUGGACUUUUAGAAGAAGAAUCUUCUCUCCGUGGGGUUGGAAAACCAGGAUCAAGCAACGAGAACAGAACCUCAGUGGUCCACCACCAACAGCACUCCAUUUCCAUGGACUUCUAGAAGAAGAAUCUUUUCGUCUCUCCAUGGGAUGGCUAAACAGGGAUCAAGGAACCAGAGCAACUGGAGUAACUAAGAGAGGAUUCAAAUUCAGACCUGCAUGCAGACUCUCGGUUGGACCAAGAAACUAGCCAGAGAGAAGAACCCAUCAAGAGACUUUGUGAACCGUUCACCUGUCAUGCGUGUGUGUGUGUAGUACAGUAUAUAUAUAUUAUUUUAUUUAUUUAUUUAUUUUUUUUGGGGGGGGGGGAUUUUGUUUUGUUUUGGGCGGCACGGUGGGCGACUGGUUAGCGCAUUCGCCUCACUGUUCUGAGGACCGGGGUUCAAAUCCGGUCUCACCUUUCUGGAGUUUGCAUGUUCUCCCCGUGCCUGUGUGGGUUUUCUCCAGGUACUCCAAUUUCCUUCCCCAUCCCAAAAACAUGCACGGUAGGUUAAUUGAAGACUCUAAAUUGUCCGUAGGUGUUUGUUUAUAUGUACCCUGCGAUUGGGUGGCAACCAGUUCAGGGUGUACCCCGCCUCCUCCCCACAAUUAGCUGGGAUAGGCUCCAUCAUAACCAUGACCCUAGUGAGGAUAAGCGGUGUAGAAAAUAAAUGGAUGGAUGGAUGUUUUGUUUUGUUUUGGUGCGUGUUCCCUCACUGUCACAACUAGGAUCCAUCGACUUCGUGAAGUUGUGAGCAGGUCUGUCUUUUGGUUUUGGUUUUGUCCAAGGAGAUCAGUCCAAAGACGCUUUCACACAGCAAUAGUUCGAUUUAUCUGGUCCCAGUCACAAUCCCCUAGUCCGUUUUCCUUGGUUGGGAUGUGUCACAACAAACCAUGCGCCAUCACUCUUUUCUCUUAUUAGUCACAGUAAUGUAAACAGGAAGAGGUUUUGGCCAUAAAGUACUGCUGGUCAAUCUAAAGUAGCACACCAGAAAAUAGCCAAGUGCACUUUAGGGUGGCUAAAGCAAAGACUUGAUCAGUAAAUCAGCGGUCACUUGUUUUGACUCUGAAGUCUGCAUCACCAUUAUGAUAUUAAGGGUUUCCAAACCUGACUGUUUUACAAACAGACUAUGCCCAAAUUAAUUCCGAACCAUCCAGUUUAAUCUGGGAGGUCUCGGGUUGUUAUUUGUAGUCUGUAGUCUACUUUACCAUUAUGAUGUUUAGGCUCUCCAAUCCUAGUUGGGUCACACCGGACCAUUCCAAUUUUUAUUCUGAACUGUUCAGUUAGUUCUAAGUGACCAGUUUUGUCCACAGACCAUUUUCCAUUACUGUGUUCACACAUCACAGAAGAGAGAGUGUGUGGUUAGUUGUUGUGUGGUUGUAUUGGUCUGCACCCACAUUCAGAUACUGGACUUCGCUGAGUUAAUUUAGAACCAAUCAGUUAGUUCUAGGUGGUCUCAGGUUUGGCUUGAAGAAUUAUUUUGUUUUUUUCAGUUCAAAUUUGAUUAUAUUGUUCAUUAACCAGAAUUUCGGUAAAGUCAUACCUGAUCCCACUAAUAGGACCGAGGUGUUAAAUGAAAUAAAAUGCGAACCCACCCCUAAAAACGGUUGCCCGUUUGAUUUCACCCACACCUAAGUUACAUUUUUGUGUUAAAUACUGAAUAAAUGAACUGCACCAAGUGGGAAAACCAACUGCAGUUGCAUUAUAAUGGAAGCAACCUUACACCUGACAAAAUAAAUUGCACAAGAAGGAAAACAUACUUCAGUUAGAUUAAAACAGACCAAAGCGUGAAAGCACCACUAGAAGAGGUAGUACAGUUGGUUUGGUCUGCGGAGUUCAGUUUGUGUAUCCACACUUGACCAAAUGAAUCACCACACUAAGGGGGGAAAUAAAUUAGAGUACAAUUAAAACAGUCUAAAAAGGUACAAAGUUACCUGUAAUCCGGUUGGUUUGACCUGUGCCAUGUUUGAUUAUUGUGUUUACACCUGACUGAGCAUACCGCACCAGGAUGGAAAACAAACUGGAGUUCGUUUAACAUGGACCAAAGUGUGAAAGCACCUGAAGGAGUGGUAGUCUGUUUAGUGUGAUCCAUACCUGAAUAUGGGUACCAUGUCCACACCUGACAGAAUGAACUGCACAAGAGGGGAAGUACUGUACAAUGGAAGAGAACCCUCAGAAGAAGUAAUCUGGUUGGUUUGGUCUACACCAGCCCCACUGCCAAAGCACACUGGUUUUGUUCACAAUCCUGACCAAACUAACUGUCCCAUGGGGGAAACGAACUGGAGAACGAUUAUCAGUCUAUAAACCCGUGUGGAAGCAUGCUCAAACUGUCUGUUUUGGCUGGUUUUGCAUUGCUGUGACUCACUGGUGCCUCCUAAGGAACAGAGUGGUAUUACAAGACGUGCGAGUAGCCUCUUGCACUUUUUAGCAGUGCUGCACUGGACUCGCUGAAUCCAUUAAGGUCAUGACAGCACUCGUGAUGGAGUAUGACAUGCUUUGGCCUUUGUUGAAAUAGCAGCCCUGCUUACCACACACACACACACACACACACACACACAGUGUGCUCACACACUCAUGCACACAUGCACACGCACACACACACAUAUGCAGACAUAACGCCUAUAGCUCCAUCUCUCCAGGGGAAGAGCACACCAAGAGACUCUCGUUUUGGUAAGAGGAAAGUGUUUUUAUUUUUAAUUCUUGUGAAAUGUAAAACAAGCACAACUCACUUCCACUAAAAAGACAACGAUGAUGAUAAUUUAACCACUAUGUAUGAUUUCAUUCUGUUGGAUUAAAAGAAACCCUACUCACCAGCCUGUGGUAUAUUGUAGCUUUAUUAUAGUGUUUUAAAAAGUGUAAAAGAAAUCCCUCACCCAAAAUAGGACCCUAUUUUUUUUCCCUUCAGAAAUUGUGUCAUGCCACCGUGUGCCACUGUAUGUUGCUAACAAAGCAGCAGCCUGUUGUUUAUCCUCACCAGGAUCGCGGGUGUGUUGGAGCAUAUCCCAGCCAAUCACAAGGCAAAACGUCCUACCACAUUCAUUCAUGGGCAAUGUGGGUUAGGUGUCUUGCCCAGGGACACAGCAAGGACACGCUUUCGGGCAGGAUAUGAACCAGCAGCCCUUCACUUGCUGGGAGUACUCUUUUCCUCUGCAAUCCUGCCCACUUGAUAUCAACCUGUUUUCUUUGUUGCCUAAUCAUGGCCACCGUGCCCCAAUUCCUCAGUGCAGCCACAUGUGACAGAUAAGAACCAAAUAAUACCUUCCUUUUUUCAGGUGACUGAUACUACCACAGGUCACAGUCUUGGGGCGAGGUUUGUUACUUACCAAAACUGCAGCAUGACAGGAGCACAUAAUCAGUCCCUCUGACGAAUUAAAGUGAGGACUUCUGUAGUCUAUCAUGAUAGAUGGUCUAUCACCUUGGUAGAUGCUGCUAUUUUUGUUAGCAACAGAGUUCAAAUAGGCCCAGCAGUUAACAAUUGAAUGUCCUUGUCUAUUUACCAAAAGAAAAUUACACUUACUUGGAUGUGUCCAUUUGAGGGAGGCAUUUAUGUUUUGACAAUAUGCUAUAUUGAAAUAUAUAAGCAUCAUUUCAUUAUACUGUAUAUUCAUGGGAACGUUAUAUAUCAUAUAGAAUAUUGAAUUUCAUGAUAAAAACUUGUUUGUACGAAUAAAGGCUAGACUUAGCCCUGAUAGAUGCCUGGUACUCUCUGUAGUUGAGGAAAUAAACGCCCCUUGCCACUACAGUGGGAAAUUAAAGAAACAAGGAAAACAGGUAAGAAACAGGUAAGAAACAAUAUGUAUCAAACAUUGUUUUCCAAUGCAAAAAUGAAAAAGUGAGUCAUUGUUCAGAUGUGUUUUUAAAUCUAACAAAAAAUAUAUAUAUUUUGGGUCCAGAUCAAAAAUAUGAAAUUAAAAAUGAGCCACAAGACUGACUUUGAUUUUAAUAUUUAAUUGGUUGAUUUUGAAAUGAUAAACAGAUUUUAAACCCAUGAUGUGAAGACAAUAAUUAUUAUUUAAUACAAAAUGUAUUUUGUAUUUUCCUUCUUUGACUUUGAUGUGAGUUAAGGGCAUUGGGCAGGACAUUUACGGCAUACACACACAUGCACACACGGACAGCUGCUUUAGUCAGGCUGCUGCCCGCUGACAAAUUUGCACUCGGCCUUCCCUUCGCCGCCUGCCAUCAUGAAUUUGUCCUCUCCAGUGCUCCGGGCGCCUCUCUUAAACAUGUCACCUUC